CUACCUUUGCAUCCUUUCCUGAUUCAUUCUUCCUACCAAGAAAACUAUGGCGGUGGGAGAGCUUUUCCUUGCUGCAUUCCUCCAAGUGCUAUUUGACCGACUGGCGUCUCGCGAGUUGCUCAACUUUGCACGCCGAGAGGGACUUGGAAAAAAGCUGGACAAGUGGAGGAAAACGUUGUCGAGAAUUCAGGCCGUGCUUGAUGAUGCGGACGAGAAGCAGCAUACGAACAGGGCGGUGAAACAGUGGGUGGAUGAUCUCAGAGACUUGGCUUACGAUGUGGAAGACGUACUUGAUGAGUUCGCCACGGAAGCUUUGCUACGCAAAUUGAGGGAAGAUAAUCAGGGCAGCACAAGUAAGGUACGCAACCUCAUCCCUGCUUGUUGUACUGGUUUGACUCCACAUGCUCUUAGGAUCAACCUUAGGAUGGGGUCAAUGAUCACAGAAAUCACCGAUCGAUUCAACGAUCUCGUCAUGCAAGAAGCUGAAUUGAGAUUGAAAGAAACUGUUGAUGGGAGGUCAUAUAGGAAACCGGCGACGUUGGCGCCAACUUCUGUAGUAACAGAACCACAUGUUUAUGGCAGGGACAGAGAUAAAGAGGCUGUACUUGAACUGUUGCUGAGUGAGAAAUUUAGGGAUGCUCAAGUCUCUGUGAUUCCUAUACUUGGUAUGGGUGGUAUAGGAAAGACAACUUUUGCCCAGAUUUUAUUCAAUGAUGAAAAAGUGCAAAGCUUUUUUGAUCUAAAAGCAUGGGCUUGUGUUUCUGAAGAUUUCGAUGCUGUUAGAGUCACAAGAACAAUUUUGAAAUCGGUCACCUCUGAAAGCUGUGAGGACAAUGAUCUGAAUUUGUUGCAAGUCAAAUUAAAAGAGAAACUGAAUGGACAGAAGUAUCUCGUCAUUCUUGAUGAUGUUUGGAAUGAAAACUACCAUGACUGGACUAUCCUACGUGCUCCUUUCCUAGCAGGGGCUCCAGGAAGUAGGAUUGUCAUCACAACUCGUAAUCAAGGAGUUUCAUCAAUGACCGCUACCGUUCCAACUUACCAUUUGCAAGUAUUAUCAAUUGAUGCUUGUUUGUCUUUAUUUACCCAACACGCAUUGGGGGCAAGCGAUUUCAGUGCACAUCGAAACCUUCAAAAUAUUGGUGAGGAAAUUGUUAAAAGGUGUAAAGGCUUGCCUUUGGCAGCAAAAACCCUUGGAGGCCUCCUACGCACUAAACGAGACCGUGAUGAGUGGGAAGAUAUAUUGAAGAGCAAGAUAUGGGAUAUACCAGAGGGGAAAAGUGGAAUUGUUCCAGCUCUUAUGUUGAGCUACCACCAUCUCCCUUCACAUAUAAAGAGGUGCUUUGCGUAUUGUUCAAUACUCCCCAAGGACUAUGAAUUUGAGGAGGACCAGCUUGUUCAAUUAUGGAUGGCAGAAGGUCUAAUUCAAGCAGGACAAGGGGAUAAGCAAAUGGAAGAUUUGGGUAGUGAGUAUUUUCAAGAUUUGUUGUCAAGGUCUUUUUUCCAACAAUCAAGUAGGGAUGGAUCACAAUUUCUGAUGCAUGACCUUAUCAAUGAUUUGGCCCAAUGGGUUGCAGGAGAUAUAUGCUUUAGAAUGGAGGAUAGAAUUGGGGGUAGUAAUGGAAAGAGACUUCCUAUAAAGGCUCGGCACUCUUCUUACUUGGGUGGCGAAUACGAUAGUAUUAGAAAGUUUGAGGCUUUUUUUGAACUCAAAUGUUUACGUACCUUCUUGCCUUUUAUGCUUCCAAGUCCUGGGCAAUGUUAUUUGACUCAUAAUGUUCCUCUUCAAUUGUUGCCGAAAUUACGAUGUUUAAGGGUGCUUUCUUUGAAUGGAUAUCGCAUAUAUGAGCUACCGGAUUCAAUUGGUGAUUUGAAGUUUCUACGGUACCUUGACCUUUCUUACACUUGUAUUAGAGGCUUGCCUGAAUCAACAACCACUCUUUGCAACUUACAAACUUUGAUAUUGGUGGGAUGUAAGCAUCUAAAGGAAUUGCCUUCAAAGUUGGGGAACCUGGUCAACUUGCGUCACCUCAACAUUCUAAAUGCAAAUAAACUGGAAGGAAUGCCUCCUCAAAUAGGAACUCUCAUCAUCUCACGAUUGGAAAAUGCCAUUGAACCCAUGGAUGCAAGGGACGCUAAGUUAAUUGAAAAGCUUGAUCUUACUGCGUUGUGCUUAGAAUGGGGUUGGGAAUGGAGUUGGGGCAUUGAUGAGCCACAUGACAUAACAAGCGAAUUAGAGGUACUUAACAUGCUACAGCCAAGCAAGGCUUUGAAAGUGCUCACUAUCAGGCGCUAUGGCGGUAUGAAGUUUCCAACUUGGUUAAAAGGCCAUUCAUUUCCUCAUAUGGUGCUCCUAAGGAUUGAAAAUUGUAAAAAGUGCACAUCAUUGCCCCCAGUCGGCGAACUACCAUCACUCAAACACCUUUUCAUCGAAGGCAUGACUAGUGUGAAGAAUGUUGGUCAUGAGUUUUAUGGGGGUAGUUGCUCACAACCUUUUGAAUCCUUGGAAACUUUGUGUUUUAAGGAUAUGGAAGCAUGGGAGAGUUGGAGCCCUAAUGAAGAGUUCCUACACUUGCGUGAGCUUUCUAUUGAAAAUUGUCCAAAGUUGUUGGGGAAGUUACCUAACCACCUUCCUUUACUAAAAAAAGUUUUGAUAGAUGAAUGUCAGAGAUUGGUGGUUUCAAUUUCAAGCUUUCCUGAGCUCUGCGAACUACAAAUUGAGGGAUCAAAAGGGGUGAUGUGCAAAAGUAAGAUUGACUUCAGCUCACUAAAUUCAAAGUCUCUUUCAACAAUUUCAGAAUUCACAUGUCCAAUAGAAGGGUUCAUUUUUGAUGUAGAAGAUCUAGCUAUUGAAAAUUGUGAGGCGUUGACCCCUUUGUGGUCAAAUGAUGUGGGAUUAUUACAACCCCUCCCUUGCCUUCGCGUGCUAAGAUUUUAUAAUUGUCCCAAGCUAGUUUCUUUAGUGGCAAAAGAAGUAAAAGAGCAGCAACAACUGGGUUUGCCUUCCACACUAAGAGAAAUUUAUAUCUCUCAUUGUAAUGGCAUGGAAUCUUUACCCAAGGCAAUGAUGUACAACAACACAUGUAUUGAGAGCAUUUAUAUUUUUGGAUGUGAUAUGCUGACGCACUUUGCAAUAGGCCAGCUACCUCCCACUCUAAAACGGCUUGAGAUAAGUCGUUGCAAGAAUAUGCUGAUUUUGCUAGACGGGGAUGAUACGAACAGUUGUAGUAGCAACGCAUCUCUUCUUGAGUACUUGGUAGUUACUGAUUGUCAUUCCCUCAAAUCCUUAACAUCAAACGGAGAAUUGCUUGCAACACUCAAACACCUCAGCAUUCACUCUUGUCGAGAGUUGGAGUCAACAACAACGAGCUUUCAUCACAACUCGAAUCUUGAAUACAUUGAGAUAUUUAAUUGUAAAAACCUUAAAUCCUUACCCAUUGGCAUACACACCCUCAAGCAUCUAGAAAAGAUUGAAAUUCGAAGUUGUUCAGCUCUUGUUUCCUUUCCGGAUGGAGGGUUGCUCCCUAGCAACCUUAGAAAACUGAUGAUUUCCAAUUGUGAGAAAAUGCAGGCAAUGAUGUACAACAACACAUGUGUUGUGCGUAUUGGGAUUUGUAAAUGUGAUUCGCUGACACACUUUGCAAUAGGCCAGCUUCCUCCAACUCUAAAGUGGUUAGAGAUACGUUGUUGCGAGAAUAUGUUGAUUUUGCUGGACGAGGAUGAUAACAACAGUUGCAAUAGCAGCACAUCUCUUCUUGAGUACUUGAGCAUUUGGGAAUGUCCAUCCCUCAAAUCCUUAAUCCCAAGCGGAGAAUUACCUGCAACACUCAAAUGCCUAAGCAUUGACUAUUGUCCAAAGAUGGAGUCAAUAGCAAAGAGCUUCCCUCACAACUCGUCUCUUGAACAAAUUGUUAUUAGGAGUUGUGGAAACCUUAAAUCCUUACCCAUGGGCAUAAACACCCUCAGCCAUUUAAAUCAAAUUGAUAUCAAGGAAUGUCCAACUCUUGUUGCUUUCCCAGACAGAGGGUUGCUCCCUGACAACCUUAGAAAGCUGAGUAUUUAUGAUUGUGAGAAAAUGCAGGCCCUACCCAACUGCUUACACAGCAUCACCUCUCUUCAACAAUUGAAGAUAGAAUAUUGUCCAGGCAUUGUAUCUUUUCCAGAAGAAGGUUUUCCUACCAACCUAACAUCACUUGAAAUCAGUGAUUGCAGCAUCACUGAGGCCUUGCUAGAGUGGGGAUUGCAUAGGCUUACCUCUCUUAAAGAACUGAAAAUUAAUGGUGGAUGUCCGCAUCUGGUGUCCUUUCCAGGGAAGAUGUUGCCUUCCUCUCUAACCAGCCUCACCGUCAAAAGCUUCCCGAAUAUGAAAUACUUGUCUUCCGAAGGCUUCCGAAUUCUCUUCUCUCUUGAAGAACUGAGGAUCAAAGAGUGUAAAAAUCUCACAUCCUUUCCUGAGGAUGGUCUGCCUCCCUCACUCCAGCAACUUGAUAUUGCAAAUUGUCCUCUAUUGAAAGAACGUUGCAAGAAAGAUCAAGGACAAGAAUGGUUCAAGAUAGCCCACAUCCCUUGUGUUGAAAUUGAUGGUAGGUUUCAUCUAUGACCCAGAACCAGAAGAGGAGAAUCAACGUGCUGCUUCCUUUUACAAGGACCCUAUUUUGUUUUUUGAGUGAUCAUGGUGGCUCUUCUUUGAUUUCCAUCGGGAGAGGCUCAAGGUUGCCAUCCCUUGAAUGGGAGGCUUGUUUGGCGGCGUUCUGAAUGUUGGCACUGGAGAGAUCCUCUUGCUGUUGUUCUUGUUGGUUUGGUGAACAUCCAACUAUUCUUGUUGGUGUUGGUCAGAAUGCCCAAGUGACCAAGAACAGAGAGAGAAGGCCUCUGACCAUUGAGUUUUUCAUUACUAAUUGGCAUGUUGCUGAUGAUUACAGAUUUGGCGAAUCAUUGGGAUCCCCACAAAAAGAUUGUAAGAGGUGUGGACUUAAGAAGCUAAUAUAUCGUCGAGGGCAACCCGAAUUCUUCUGAAGCUGUCGAGAGCGUCAAAACAGUGCAAGUAUAUUUCUAAAAGUAUUUCAAAGGGUCAGAUUUCUUGUGGCUAUAUAUAUAAAUGUUGUGUGUGGGAGAUUGAACCUUGUCCUGUAUAUCAUCAUAAUCAAGAUCACUUUAUGAUGAUUUGAUUCUCCAGCCCAAAAUGAGUGUCUUGGCAUGGUUUCAGUUUCUAAUGAAGAAUUGGCAAAGUAAUCCUUGUCUAAAGAUUGGCGUGGGCAGUUCUUGUUUGCAUUUACUAUUUGAAGGUUACAGGAUAUAGACUCUUUCAAUUGUCAAUUUGGGAACCGGUGUGGAUAAUAUCAUGGCCUUUUUAUUUUUAGGCAAGUCAAUGAGGCUAGACUGCUAGUGAAUUACCUUCUAAUUUGUGUUUUCGACUUUU